GAUCUCGCCUCUUGACAGGCUGUGUUACUCCUCAGGGAAAAAUGAGUGCCUGGCUCUGUCCUCUGCUGUGCAGCUUAACCAUGGUGUGCUUAACAGGUAUUGCUUUAGGCCAGACAACCAGCACUGGGGUUCCCAUUGGAUCCACCCCAGCACCUCCCAGUACAACCAGCACUGAGGUUCCAGUUCCAUCCACCCCAGCACCUCCCAGUACAACCAGCACUGGGGUUCCCAUUGGAUCCACCCCAGCACCUCCCAGUGCAGCCCCUGCUACAGCCUCUGCUUCCCCAGCUGCUGCUGCAACACUCUCAGCUGGACUGACAGCAACCACUGCAAGCCCUGCUGCAUCCACAGCAGCUGCAUCUGCUGAUCCAAGCACAAAAACCCCUGCCCAGACUCUGCCCUCCACCACGGGGACUGUCCCCACCUCUCAGACUUCAGCGCUGGCAGCCACAUCCAGCAGUGUCCCAGCGUCCCCUCCAGGAGUGACCCCAUCCCCUGGGCUCCCAUCAUCAGCUCUGCCCCCCAGCACCCCCCAGCCCUCCAACUGCAGCACAGAGAAUGUGACAGCCUGUGUCCCCUGCCCCCCAGGGACAGCCCCCACGCCAGGCACCCUGAGCUGCUCGUGCUGCCCGGGGGGAGCGUGCAGUGACCCCGGUGCCUGCAGCCCCUGUGCCCCAGGGCAGCACCAGCCCCAGAGUGGGCAGCCCUCCUGCCUGCCCUGCCCUCAGGGCUCCUACACCAGCCUCCCAAGGAGCUCUGUGUGCCUUCCCUGCCCACCAGGACAUUUUGCCAAUGAGUCUGGGGCUGCAGCCUGCAGGGCCUGUGAGCGAGGCUAUUAUAGCUCCAAGCAAAAUGCAGCUUUUUGUCUGCCUUGCCAGCCAGGAUCAUUCUGCAACACCAGCGGCUGCUCCGGCUGCCGGCCCUGCCCUGGGGGACAGGAGGCGCCUUGGGAGGCGGCGGAGACGUGUGAGACCUGCCCGGCAGGUACAUUCAAAGGUGCCAAUGACAGCAGAUGCAAGGCCUGCAGGACAGGGGAGUACCAACUACAGCGGGGCAAGGAGAGCUGUGAGCUGUGCCCAGAAAAUCACUACUGCCCUAGCCCCGAUGUGAAGCCAGUGAAGUGCCCCCCUGAUGCCUUCUGCCCCCGGGGCAGCGCGGAGCCCACCUACUGCAUGGAGCUGUUCCUGUACAAGGCAGGGGACUCCUGCCAGCUGACCCCUGCCACCGUCAUUGUCCUGGCCACCUUCUCAGCAGGUGGAAUCCUUGUUGUGUUUCUGAUCAUCCUGAGGAGCCGACAGAAGCACGGCAGGAGCUCCCUGAAGUCGCCGCUGCUGCCCCGGGGCUCAGGGCUGGGCUCCUACGGGGGCACGGAGCACACGGAGCCCGUCUAUGCUGGCUGGUAGCUCUGGAGGGCCAGCAGCCUCUCCUUCCCCUGGGGCAGCACUAACGGGGCUCUGGGCAAGGUGUUUAAC